CAAACUAUAAUUGGCGCAUGCGCAAUUUUUUAAAGUUCUUUCGUCUAGUUUUUCGCAUAAGAAUGGCUGUGACCAAGGUCCAGAAAGCUAAAGCCCCUGUGGGCAAAAAAAAUGUCCUUCGUGGCAAGGGACAGAAAAAGAAGGUUAGCUUGAAGUUCUCAAUCGACUGUACUCAUCCGGUCGAGGACAAUAUUAUGGAUGUUGGAAGCUUUGAAAAAUAUUUAAAAGAAAAAAUCAAAAUUGAUGGAAAAACAGGAAACUUGGGCAAAGUUGUUACCGUUGAAAAAUCCAAACAAACAAUUUUGGUUAACUCCGACGUUGAUCUUUCUAAAAGGUAUCUCAAAUAUCUUACUAAAAGAUACUUGAAAAAGAACAAGCUUCGUGACUGGUUGAGAGUAGUUUCAAAAGAUAAAGACUCCUAUCAGCUUCGUUAUUUCGCUAUUAAUUCUCAGGAUGAUGAAGAUGAUGAUGAUGCAGAAUAAAUGUAAAUUUACGAUCAAUACAUUAAUACAUGUAUUUAUAUCUGUUUAAUGAAGAAGAGCAAAAUAUUUGUAUAUAUAUACUUAUU